AUGGAGCUCCCUACCCUGCCGCUGCCUUUUCUUGACUUGCACUGCUCGCCAGAGUGCGCUGCAGACUGCGACGGAGUCCACAUCUCCUGGAAGGUGCAAGAAACCGCGGGAGCAACUGGAUGGGAACCCGUGGGUACUAGCAGCAGCAAAUGCGCUGCAUUGUCCAUGGGAGCCCAGGCGGCGGACGAACAGAUUGUGACGUCCAGCUGUACGGAUCAUUCGUUGCUGCCUCUGCCAGUGAUUUCCUCUGGCACGAACAGCAUGGCUAUGGAGUCAGUGCUCGGUGAUUUGUUCAAGGUGCAAGGCUGGCCUGAUUUCAUGCCGUCGAUCUCUGAGUCCCAACAGCUCCAUGUGCGAGCCCUGACACAUGUCAGCAUCUCACACGGCUGCGGGGGACACGUCAGCAUGCUGACUCAGCCGUCCCUGCCAGGUCAGGGUUUCACACAGAUGACAACAACAGCUGCUUCACCCUCGCGUGUUUCGACCCAUGAUGAGAUUCAUUCGGUGGUGAUGAAUUCAGCUGCUGCUUCAUUGCCCAAUCGCGAGCCGCCUCAACAUUCUAUGGCGGCGCCGCCUGCUGCGGUCUAUAAUCAGAUCCACUCCAUGCUGAACACUCAUGCUGCCGCCACCACCGCCGCCGCAGCUGUUGCUGCAUUGCCUGAUGCUGUGCCGAUCGCAGCUUGGCAGUUGCAGUCUCUUGAACAAGGAGCGUCACUGUCGUUACGAUCAGCGCACGCGCAAGCAACACCAGCCCAAAGAUUGGAAGGCAGCACCCAAGGCGGGCCCCAACCACUAAUCCGUGAUGGAACCCCAGCAAUCCGUGACGGAACCCUGUACGACAUGAUUGUGUCGGGAAGAUUCAAGCGGAAGGGCUCUUCCAGCUGGUGGGAUGAUGAUUCGAUUGCGGAGACCCCAGCCAACAUGCAGCCUCGGAAAACGCAAUGUCUGGUGGGUGGUGAUGGAGGACUGGGUUUAAAAGGCCCUCACAGUGGGACGCCUAACGCAGGAUCGCUCGCUUCUGGUAGUCAAUGCGACAUCAUAUGUCUAGACCCGCCCAGGACAAGAGUGGAGUUUCCUGCUCCGAUCCCUGCCGUUGGAUCCACUGCAGCCAUCGUCGGCUCUGUUGCUGUGAGCCGUCCACCUGCUGCUGCCACGGAAAGGGCAGCGUCGUUGGAUCCAUUGUCGACAAGGUCGGCUCUGGGAGCAACACAAGGGGCAGAUCUGCCAGCACAGUCUGCACACACAAGCCUGAGGGACCAAGCGGGUGGCAAUGGGCUGGGCUUGGAUCGGCCGCCUAUUCAUCGCCGACACGCUGUCGAGAAGCUUAGAAGACACCGGAUUAGUGCAGGCUUCAAGCGGCUUGAAAAGAUUCUGCCACCCACGUGGAUGCGCCAGAAACAUCAGUUAAACAUGUCAUCGCGAACGGACAUGGCGUCGCUGUUGGAUGCUGCAGUUGACUCCAUUAGGGAGUUGGAGCCCCGCCGCUUUGCAUUCGGACUGCCACCGCGUGGCAUUCGCCGAGCCUGCUGUGCAUGCAGCGCGCCCGUCGUAACCUAUUUCGUAAGCACCACGGCGAGUUGCAUUUUGCGGGAUCGCCGCAAUGCAAUCGUUGCAUUCAAAUCGACACAUCGCCCCUACUUCCCCUCCUUUCUCCCCCUUGCUUCCCCUCCUUUCUCCCCCUUGCUUCCCCUCCUUUCUCCCCCUUGCUUCCCCUCCUUUCCCUCCCUUGUUUCCCCCCCUUUCCCUCCUACCCUCCCCUGUAUCCCCUCCUUUCCCCCCCUGCAUCCCCUCCUUUCCGCCCCUGCUUCCCCUUCUUCCCCCCCCUUCUGUUCCUCCUUUCCGCCCCUGCUUCCCCUCCUUUCCCUCCAAACCCCUGACUGCAUCCCUCCUUUCCCCCCCUUCAUCCCCUCCUUCCCCCCCCUGCUUUUCCUCCUUUCCGCCCCUGCUUCCCCACCUUUCCCCCACUUUCUUCCCCUCCUUUUCCCCCCUUGCUUCCCCUCCUUUCCCCCCCGUGCUUUCCCUGCUUUCCCCCACUGCAUCCCUCCUUUCCCCCACUGCAUCCCUCCUUUCCCCGCCUUCAUCCCCUCCUUUCCCCCCAUGAUUUUCCUCCUUUCCGCCCCUGCUUCCCCACCUUUCCCCCACUUUCUUCCCCUCCUUUUCCCCCCUUGCUUCCCCUCCUUUUCCCCCCUUGCUUCCCCUCCUUUUCCCCCCUUGCUUCCCCUCCUUUUCCCCCCUUGCUUCCCCUCCUUUUCCCCCCUUGCUUCCCCUCCUUUCCCCCCUAUGCUUUCCCUGCUUUCCCCCACUGCAUCCCUCCUUUCCCCCACUGCAUCCCUUCUUUCCCUCACUGCAUCCCUCCUUUCCCCCACUCAUCCCUCCUUUCCCCCACUGCAUCCCUCCUUUCCCCCACUGCAUCCGUCCUUUCCCUCACUGCAUCCCUCCUUUCCCCCACUCAUCCCUCCUUUCCCCCACUGCAUCCCUCCUUUCCCCCACUGCAUCCCUCCUUUCCCCCACUGCAUCCCUCCUUUCCCCCACUGCAUCCCUCCUUUCCUCCCCUUCAUCCCCUCCUUUCCCCCCCUGAUUUUCCUCCUUUCCGCCCCUGCUUCCCCACCUUUCCCCCACUUUCUUCCCCUCCUUUUCCCCCCUUGCUUCCCCUCCUUUCCCCCCCGUGCUUUCCCUGCUUUCCCCCACUGCAUCCCUCCUUUCCCCUCACUGCAUCCCUCCUUUCCCCCACUGCAUCCCUCCUUUCCCCCACUCAUCCCUCCUUUCCCCCCUCCAUCCCCUCCUUUCCCCCCCUGA